AGAGCUUGCGCAUGUUCCCCCGCCGCCGCCAAGAUUUUCAAUGUUCAACACGGCCAAGCUAAGUUUCCUCAGGAUGGAAUUGCCUGAAACUUUCUGUGCUAGAUAGCCAACUGAGUUUGCCACACUGAAUGACCAGCUGUAUUCUGCAACACGGUCGCAGCGCUUCCUGGGAGGUGAGCACAAGGACCCCGGUGGGUUGUGUGCGGCGGCAUCGCGUGGUGGUACGCUCACGGCAAUCUCCGAAUAUCUCCUCGUGGCGCUAACUCUAAGUCAGAACAAAAGUUGUCCAGUAGUCCCAGUGUGAUUCAAAGCCCACCUGGUCAGACGUCUGCCUCCCUUGUGGCCUCUUGCUCCCUCUGUCGCCUGCGCUAGGUGGGGUAGGCGGCGGCAGAUCUCUUGCCAUUUUCUGCAGGUGCGCGAAUCUGCGGAACCCCGCGAAUUUGCGGGGCCCCGACUAUUUUUUGGGCUGUGCGCAGCGCUGCGAUUUGAUUUGAGUUGCUUGCGUACCUAGUCAGUCUGGGUGCGUGCCGGCGGCCACCCUGCCCAGCUGAAGUUGCACCAAAGGAGGGAGAGUGAGGUACAUGUGCUGCACGGAACAAGGGAGAAGAGGAGCAAUAUCAAGGGCGAAAGAGAAACGGAGAGCACAGAGUAAGGUGACGGGGCAACGGAUCAGGCCGCAUUCGCUUACCUACGAGACGAGCUGCCACCAGACCAGCAGAGGUCUGCGUACCACGAGAGUAGAGCGGCAAAGCGGCAAUAGCCAAGAAUCCAAGGCAGGGACGAGGCUAUGGCGCGGCCGUCCAAGGACUCCGGUGCGCGGCUGGCUUGUCGACAGAUGGGCGCUAUCUUGAAAAAGAACGCUUUGCUGAAGAUGGCCGAUUGGCGACAAACGGUAGCCGAGGUGACCAUCCCUGCACUCUUCAUGUUGCUUCUGGUGUGGAUCAAGUCCUUGACGACUGUGUACGACAGCCCUGCCACAAAUUACACCUGCGGCCAGACCAUACCGUGGCAGUACGAAGAGAGUCUAGACCCGGCGACGAUGCUUCAGUCUCCUCUAUUCAAAUGCCUCCAGAAGCCGCCUGGGUGUACAGCCGAAAACUACUAUCGGGAUGAGGGCGGCUAUUUUGAGGAGAUGGGGCUUAUUGGGCUAUUCCCUACGGUGGGCUACAUUGACAGCGGCGUUGGUUUUCCUUGGUACGGCUUCACCGUCGGGGACAAUUCAGAAGCCUUCGAUGACUUCAGACACGUGACCGGCGUGAUGGCGAGUAACCCUUCCCAAGAUCUUGACACCUUGGCGUCGCGCCUCCGCAACAGCGGGCCGAGGACCGUGAUUGCCGUGGCACCGGCAUUCGAACAGGGACAAGGGGGGAUAAAUGUUUUUUCCGACGAAAGAAUACCGUCGUCGAGGGGGUAUGUUGCUUCCCUAAACAGCGGCGAAGGUGGCGGUGGCGAGGCCAAGAGGGGGUCCGCCGACGGUGGUGGUAUGAGGGCCGGAGCGGAGAUGCUGGCAGCCAAAGAGUUUUCAUCAUGGUUGAUCGAUGAACUUGGCGGGGAUGAGGGGGAUUUGGCGGACGUGGUACAAUUGUUUUCGUCGGAACAGGCAUUGAUUGACUACGUUCGAAGUGCAGACUAUGACAGGGGUUCGGAUUUCCCGUCCCCCAACGAAGCUGAAAAGUCUAACGCUGCGGACAGCAGUAUUGGCGUUCCAGGUUACGGAGCAAUGUCUGGGGGGCAGCUUAGCCAGGAGGUGGGACUGAGGAAACACCCACACAAGGUGGGUAUGGCUGUUAUAUUCAACAAGGCACCUUUGGAAGGAGAGGUGCCCAAGUGGGACUACACACUGAGACUGAACUACACGUACGGAGUGUCUCAACUCCAGGACCAGGCAACGUGCCUGUAUGUUGGCUGCAAAGUGACAUACAAGCUGCCGUCCACCCUGGUGACAACGUCUGCCCUGGAGCGCCCCCCUACGUCUGAUCACAUGUGGGGUUAUUCGUACAGCGGAUUCCUGUCCCUGCAGAAAAGCGUCGACGAAUUUAUCCUCUCGAAGGCCGCGGGGGAACGCAUGUACCUGAACGUCUCCAUGGCACUCUUCCCGGAACAGGCGUAUCUCACGGACCAGUUCCAAGAGAUCAUCGCCAGCACGUUGGGCAUCUUCUACAUGCUCGCCUUUCUCUACCCCGUGUCUAGAGCGGUUAGGGUGCUGGUGAGCGAAAAGGAGGGCCGAAUGAAGGAGGCUCUAAAAAUGAUGGGACUCUCAGACCUCAUCUACCACGGUUCUUGGCUCGUGACUUUCCAGGUGCAGUGGGUCGUGACGAACGUGCUCAUCAUGCUCGUCGUGAGGACCUCCGUUUUCCGCUACAGCAACCAUUGGCUGGUUUUCUUGUGGCUGGAAGCCGUGGCGCUGUCUGUCAUGGCGUUUUGCUUCUUGAUGUCAACGUUUUUCUCAAGAUCGAAGACGGCGGCGACGCUGGGCAGCCUCGUCUUCUUCGCCGCGUUUUUCCCGUACUACUACGUCGGCGACAAGGCUUUGUCCGGCGUCAAGACCAAGACGUGGGCCUCUCUCCUGGCCCCAACGUGUUUGGCCCUGGGGAGCGAUACGUUCGCCGCGUUUGAGGGAGGUCUCGUGGGUGUCCAGCUGUCCAACAUGACCCAGAGCUACGAGGACCACCUGCCGUACGUUUUCAUGGUGGCCAUGCUACUUGCCGAUUCUGCGAUCUACUUCCUCCUGGCCUGGUAUCUUGACAAAGUCAUCCCGUCCGAAUUCGGGACACCGCUUCCUUGGCACUUUCCCGUAUCGGGCCCCCUUGCGGCGCGGCGACGGCGACAGGCCAAGCAGGCGCCGUCACCGCAGGAGACACGUGAAACUGUUGACGCGGGUAUCACGGGAGCUGGCCGAGGACUGGCUGACAGAUUGAGACUCGGCAAACGGAGGUGGGGGGGUAUUGUGCGCGACGGUGGCAGGAGCACCGGCGACAAUGACCUCAGGGCGUCUCUCUUGUCGGGAUCGUCGCCUCAACCUAGGGUCGCGAGGGAGAGAGUGCCAUCGUCGGGUCUGAACGGGGUGAUGGCGUAUGACGAUACCGACGAGGAGGGAGGUCCCAAGGUCGAGCCGGUAGGGCCGCAGCUGUCCCGGCAGGUUGCGGAGGGCAGGACUGUGAGCACGAGAGGGCUGGUGAAGGUUUACGGCAACGGGAAGAAGGCGGUGAAAGGGCUCGACCUUGACUUGUAUGAGGGGCAGAUCUCCGUGCUGCUGGGGCACAACGGGGCGGGAAAGAGCACAGCAAUCUCCAUGAUAACAGGAACGCUGCCACCCACGAGGGGGGAGGCCUACCUCCGGGGGCGGAAGCUCACCAGCGAUUUGGUGGGGAUCCGCCGGUCCCUUGGAGUUUGCUUUCAGCAGAACACGCUGUUUGAUCAGCUCACGGUGUUCCAGCACCUGCAGCUCUUCGCCGUCGUCAAGGGAGUCAGAGCUAGGGAUGUCGAUGACGAAGCCGUCCGGAUGGUUUCUGAAGUUGGGCUGUUGGAGAAGAAGGAUACCCCUGCGUCUGCACUCUCCGGCGGCCAAAAGCGGAAGCUGUCGGUGGCUCUGGCGUUUAUCGGCGGCUCUGAAGUAAUCGUUCUGGACGAGCCUACCUCGGGCAUGGACCCGUUCAGCCGCCGUUCUACUUGGAGUGUUCUGCAACGGCAGCGGAAAGGUCGGGUGAUAUUGCUGACUACACACUUCAUGGACGAGGCGGACACCCUGGGAGACAGAAUCGCCAUCAUGGCGGAGGGGGGGUUGCGGUGUAUGGGCUCCAGCUUGUUCCUUAAGGGGCUGUACGGUGUGGGCUACACCCUGACUGUCAUCAAGGCGGACAAAGGUGACGGCGGCGGCGGCGGUGGUGGGGAUGCCUGGGAGGGGCAAUCGCCUCCCCCUGGACGCCUCAUGGCGGCAAAGGACGGAAAUGACGCCUUGGAAGCGCUCGUCCUGCGUUUCGUCCCCGAAGCGUUGACAGUAAGCAAGGUCGGCAAGGAGAGAAACUACCGCCUUCCUUUCGCCUCUUCCUCAAACUUCGUGGACAUGUUCCGCGAGAUUGACUCCAGGAAAGAACAGCUUGGUGUUGCCGGGUACGGUGUUAGCGUCACCACCCUAGAAGAGGUGUUUCUGAGGGUAGGUCACGGAGCCGAAAUGCCUUUGCCGAGCAGUGACUCCGGCGUGGGCAACGCGGCGAUUUCGUCUCCUACGCGGCCAUCGGUUGAGCUGUCCCCUGACCCUUGCCCGGGAACGCCGUCUAGCACUAGCAGCGUCAGUGGAAGCAGCUACAACUCGAGUUACCCUCAACCAGGGAGGCGUGAGGGUGCGUCAGGCGCGACAACGAGCGGGAGGCAAGAGAAAGGAGAAUCGGGGGCUGGCGGGGCGGUUGGCGCCGGGUGGAGGGAGCAGGAAGAUCGAGAAGGAAACAGACACGCCGUGGACACGGAACCUUUGCUUGCAGAUCGCGAUGGCAUGGCGGAGGCAGAAGAUUGGCCAUCAUCAGACAUGGACACCAGCGGGAAGCGCGAGUUCGGGAGCGCUGCUGCGGAGGACCGCGACCGUGCCUCUAGAGGGAUGUUCUGGGUGCACUUCAAGGCACUCGUGGCGAAACGCGCGACGUACGGGAUGCGAGACAAAAAGAGCCAAUUCUUUCAGCUGAUCGUGCCGACUCUACUUUUCUUGCUCGGUCUCCUCCUUCUCAGGAGCAGUCGAAGCAUGUUCGAUCAGCCGUCACUGCUUCUUUCCCCGGCCACCAAUUUCAACCCCGGGAAGCCUUCUAGAGUACGAAACCCGGUACCGAUGGACGCUCCGGAAGACCCCGAAUCGCUGGCGCGAAAAGUAGCAGACCGUUUCGACGGUAUUUCUGUGGAGGGGACCUCCAUUUUGCUCCCACCCGGAGAAGGCCCGUCAAUAGAAGAUCAGUUCGGGGGGUGCGCGCAGGGAGCGUCGCCCUUGGUGUACAUGAGUGACUUCUUGCUGCAAGGGGCGGGUGCGGACGAGCAAGGGGCAUCCAGGUACGGUGCGAUCGUCCUGGACAACUCCUCUUGCCUACCCACGAUGACACCACGGCAGCGGUUAGGCUUGAAAGAAGACCGCUACCUACACGGACUUUUCCAGAACCACAGCACUAACCACAGCGAUGGCUCCCUGGCAUACGGCGUCCUUAUAAACGCUUCCGCUGUACACGCAGCUCCCAUCUUCGUGAACCUCGUCAAUUCUGCCGCGCUUCAGGCUGUCGUUGCUGAUAGCGGUGACACUAAAGGGCGUGAAGGGGUUGCGGUAGGUGAGGAGAGGAGCGACGCAGGCGAGGAGAAAACUGCUGCCGCCGCCGCCGCCGCCGACACCGCCUUGCCGAGCAUAACCAUCAGGAGCAGUCCGUUGCCGCGGACCAGGGGGGAAGAGCUGGCUCGUCAGACUAUCGACGGGUUCACCACGGCAAUCAUGGUGGUGAUCUCCAUAUGCUUCCUACCAGCCUCAUACGCCAUCUUCGUGGUGAAGGAGAGGGCAGUGAAGGCUAAACACCAGCAGGCAAGCCAACCACUACUCAGUAUGGUGACAGGUCGCUAG